UGGCCCUGCUGGCUUUGGCCUUGUUGGCACGUGAAGCACUUGCCUCCAGCAUCCACCACCUCCGUCUUUGCUCCAUUUUCAUCCAUUAUGUCUGGUCGCCAGCAGCGUGUGAUGGUACAGCCCAUCAAUGUAAUUUUCAAAAAUCUUCAACAGCGAACAAAAGUUGUCAUCUGGUUAUACGAUAAUAUUGACAUGCGGAUUGAGGGUCGAAUUAUUGGUUUCGAUGAGUUCAUGAACCUCGUCAUCGAUGAGGCCGCAGAAGUUUUCGUGAAAGGUGCACAGCCUCGGAAAGAGCUCGGGCGUAUUCUACUCAAAGGAGACAACAUCACGUUGAUCCAGCAGGUGGUAUGAAUGGUGUUGUAAUACUUCCUUGCCUGUAUUAUAUAUCUAUAGCUUUACAAAAAUUUACAAGUUGUAGAUGGGAAGCAGGUGCGACAAAUUCAGAGAUUGACGACAGAGAGGACAUUCAGCCUAGAGACGUAUUUAGGAUAUCACAUUUUGUCGUCAUGCAGUGAACGUACCUUUUCUCUCCCCCAGCCAACA